AUGUUCUUCAAAGGGCUGCUGGGCACCUUGCCACUACUCACUCUGUUGCGUAGCGCAUCUGGCGACCUUCUUAGAGAGAUUGAGGACGCCCUCAAGAAUGCCACAGACUGCUCGUCGUGCCAUGCGCUCCUCGUCCCGCUACAGACACUCGCACACCUCGGCGACGAUGCAUUCGUGGACACCUUCGUCUCGGUCUGCGAUGAUUUCGGGCUGGAAGAUCCGGACGUCUGCCAAGGUAUUUUCGCGAAAGAUGGUCCUAUCCUCGCGCACGACCUCCGUCGAAUCUCCGCCACCGGCCAGACCGCGACCAAAUUCUGCGACGCCGUGUUCGGGCUGUGUAACCCGCCGCCCGUAAACGCCUUCGCCGUCCCGUUUCCGAAAGCAGCGCCUGCCAACCCGAAAGCUUUCAAGUCCACUGGAAAGCUGCCCUUUCAGGUCAUCCACAUCAGCGACGUGCACAUUGACAGAUUCUACACUCUCGACUCGGAGGCGAACUGCACAAAGCCCAUCUGCUGCAGGAACUUCGCGGACGAGACGGGUCCUCCGACGGAGCCUGCAGGCCCCAACGGCAACUCGCACUGCGACUCACCAGUGACCCUGGCCGACUCGAUGCUCGAAGCGGCUCAGCGAAUCGGCUCGACCGCCAAGUUUACACUAUUCACUGGAGACGUGGUAGAGCAUACGUCAUGGCUGGUAACAAAAACAGAGGUCACCAACGAUCUUGAAGCUUUCAAUGCUGAGAUGGCUUCCAAGCUGAAGGCGCCAGUCUACCCUGCCAUCGGGAAUCACGACUCUGUGCCAUCGAACGCGUUCCCGCGUAACACUACAAUUACGUCAAUGGACGUGCAGUGGGUAUUCGACACGCAGAGUGCCGGAUGGGCUCGAUGGAUAGGCGCCACUGCCGCAUUGCAAGAGGGACACACUUCCGGGAGCUAUUCAGCUGUGGUACCCGGAUUGAAUUUGCGCAUCAUUUCGGUCAACACGCAGUACUGGUACAAGCAGAACUUUUGGGUAUAUGAUAGCAACAUUCAGCAGCCCGAUCCGAAUGGCCUACUCGCGUUUACGGUGCAAGAGCUUCAGGCUGCAGAAGACGCAGGCCAGCGUGCUUUCAUCAUUGGGCAUAUUCCGAUGGGUAAGGAGGAUCUGCUGAACGACCAGUCGAAUUAUUACGACCAGAUCACUCAGCGGUACAAGAACACGAUCUCAGCACAGUUCUUCGGGCAUAGUCACAAGGACCAAUUCGAGAUCGCGUACUCGGAUUACAGUAAUCAGACAGCGUCGACGGCAACGAGUAUCGCCUUUAUCGCGCCGGCGUUGACGCCUACAAGCGGCAAUCCCGCGUUCAAGAUCUACGACGUCGACCCGGAUACAUUCGAAAUCAUGGACGCGCGGGUGUACAUCACAAAUAUUUCCGCACCGAACUUCCAAUCUUCUCCGCCGCAAUGGGAGUUCUACUAUAGCGCACGCGCGACUUACGGCCCACUGGUGACGCCGCCCUUACCCGCCGACGCGCCGCUUGACGCCGCGUUCUGGCACAACCUCACCGAGGUUUUUGCGGUGAACGGCACAGCGUUCCAGAUGUUUAACACGUUCAUCAGUCGCGGUGGGGACGUGCAGGCGUGUGACGACAGCUGCAAGGCGGCGACGAUAUGCGAUAUGAGGGCGCUCAGGGCAGAGAACAACUGUGAUAACCCGACGCCAGGGUUCAUGUUCAAGCGUGGUGAAACAGAGGCGCACAUCUCCGUCAGCGAAUCAGAUGCGUGUGAGGGAAAGGGCAUUGCGCAUAUACUUAAGGCUUUGGUCAAUCGAGUGAGUUUGUCAUUGAUUUCGAUGAGGGUACCUGCUACGGCCUGUCUCGACACUAGCUGA